AGUAUGACACAAAUACAUAUCCAGCUAACUACCUAUAUCUCCUGUACGUCAAGAGCCUCAUAUACUACGUUCCGUCGAUAGAAAAGCAUACCUCGGUGCACCUUCCCCCGAACCCCGGGAGUUCGGAGCAUGUUCCGCAAACCGUCCCUCGGAGAGAACACCGCUUCUAAACUACAUCAUCCUCCCGGGACCCCAGAUAUUCCCCAACUUUAUCCAUCUACUGAUUCAGAACAUGUGGGGAUCUGGGUGGAUGUAUCGGAAAUACAAAUGCGGGGAGUUGAUAUAGAAAGGACGGAGUGUCGCUCCAAUAUACCAUUGCUGAAACCAACUCCAUCACUAACCCCUCGACAUCAAAAACCAUGGCAACACAACCACCCACACCCAACAAACCCAUACCCAACACCCCUACAAAACCCUCCCACGACAUCACCCAACCCACACCCGCAACCCCCACCUCCUUCGCCGCCAAAGACCCCACAUGGCACACCACCCACACCAAGUCCCUCCUCCGCAAAAUCGACCUCCACCUCCUCCCCCUCCUCAUCACAAUGUACCUCCUCAACUUCCUCGACCGCAGCAACCUGGCCCAAGCCCGCCUCGGCACCCUCGAAGCCGACCUGCACAUGUCCGGCCCCACAGACUUCAACCUCGCCACCUCCAUCCUCUUCGUCGGCUACCUCCUCAUGCAACUGCCCUCGAACCUGCUCCUCACCCGGCUCCGGCCCUCCGUAUACCUCGGCGCCGCCAUGGCGCUGUGGGGCGCCAUAUCCGCUGCGCAGGCGGGCACGCGCUCGUUUGGGGAUCUGGUUGCAGCGCGGUUCUUCUUGGGGUUUGCGGAGGCGCCGUUUUUUCCGGGCGCGGUCAUGUUGUUGAGUAGUUGGUAUACGCGGGCGGAGCUGGCGCAUCGGGUGGCGUGGUUUUAUUCGGGGUCGUCGCUGGCGAAUGCGUUUGGGGGGUUGGUUGGGGCGGGGGUGUUGGGGGGUAUGGAUGGGGCGUGUGGGAUUGCUGGGUGGAGGUGGUUGUUUGUGAUUGAGGGGGUGGUGACGGUUUGUGUUGCUGGUGUUGCGGCGGUUGUGUUGCCGGAUUAUCCGGCGACGACGGGGUGGUUGGGGGAGGAGGAGAGGGCGUAUGCGCGGUGGCGGUUGGAGGAGGAUGCGGGCGAGGGGGAUGAGGCGGGGGCGAGUGGGAUUGUGGAGGGGGUGAGGAUGGCGUUUCGGGAUGGUCGGCUGUAUGUGUUUACGCUGGUGCAGCAUGCGAGUUUGUUGAGUCAGACGUUUCAGUAUUUCUUCCCGAGUAUUGUGCAGACGCUUGGGUAUGGGAGGACGGAGACGCUGCUGAUUACGGCGCCGGUGUGGAUUGGGACGUUCUUGGUUUCGUUGGCGGUGACGUAUUCGUCUGGGAAGACGGGCGAUCGGAGUCUGCAUAUUAUUUUGCUGAUGAUGGUUAGCUUUGUGGGGAAUGUGAUUGCGACGGCGACGACAAACGUACCGGCGAGGUUCUUUGCCAUGUUUCUGAUGCCUAUGGGGGCAGUGGCGGCGUAUCAGGUCAUUCUGGCGUGGGUUGCUAACAGCUUUUCAAGACCGCUGGUGAAGAGGAGUGCUUGUAUCAGCUUUGCCAACAUGAUUGGGAAUACGGCGAAUAUCUACGGACCGUACAUGUAUCCGAAGACGGACUCGCCGCGUUAUAUCCCAGGUGGAAGCGCGACCGCGGCUGUGGCACUGUUUGUUGCUGGCAUGGCUGGUAUCAUUAGGUUGCUACUUGCCAGGGAGAAUAGCAAGUUGCAGAAGCGUGAGGAAGCAGAUCCUGAAGAGACCAACGGACGUGUGGAUGAAAGAGCGAGGGGUUUCAGAUAUAUUCUCUGA